AUGCCUCUUAAACUUCAUGUUCUGUCGACGAACGAUCCUGACGACCUGGCGCUGAUCCCGACAAUGGCGCAAAUCCACGCGGCGGCCUGGCUGACCAACGACCUAUACAAGGCCAUCUACCACGGCCCUCCGUCCAGCCACGCGGGCAUUGUCGAGGCCAACCGGCAACGACACUUGAAAAGCAUCACGUCAAAUCCAAGCGCACACUUUGCCGUGGUCUUGGACGAUGCCAUUGCGGGGUCGACUUCAGACCAAGUGAUAGCCUGGAUCAAGUACGACAUCUUUGAGAGUGCUCAGGCCGAGAAGGAACGAAAAGACACCAGUGAACGCAAAUGGCCGCCUUACACGAAUAUGACGCUCGUCGACCACUUCUGGACCAUGAUCACGGCCUCACGGAAGAGACUCGGUGCCGCCCUCGGCCCACAUCUCAACGUCGAUCUCGUGGCUACCUCCCCAGACCAUCACCGGCGAGGCGCGGGAAGGAUGCUGAUGGACCACGUCACGCGAGAGGCCGACAGAUUGGGUCUUCCGGCCACGCUGGAGGGGAGCCCGGACGGCUUCAAAUUGUACUCGGCCGUCGGGUUCGAGGCGAUCGACGAGGUUUGGGUUGAUUUGUUGAGGUUCGAAAACGGUGUUGACAAGGGGGAAGACUGGAGCAGUAGACGGGAUAGGACGGCGCCGGGCUGGUAUAAGCAGGUUGUCAUGGUGCGGCAAGCUAGAAAGCCGGACUCCAAGUAG